GUCCCUGGCCCCCUGCCUGGUAGUACGUUGUAAGUCCUCGUUAGUGUUUCUGGCUCAGGGACUCGUUAGAGUAUUUCUGGCGGCCAAGCCAAGCAAGGCAGCAAGCAUCCCCCCCCCUCUCUCUCUCUCCCCGCACAAGCAGCAGAACAGUGGAACCAGUUCUUGUGCGCGCGGCCUUCUUCCUCCUCUCCUCCCCUGCUCAGAUAAGCUCUCGGAGCUCCUGCGGGAAACCUCCAACGCUCGUCGCUCUAUUUUACCGUCGAAAAAUACGCCGCCUCCUGUAGGCUGUAGCAGGUCCAAAGAAGUUCUGAGAGUUUCCCCAUUCCGGGAGGAAGAAUGGGCAGGCCAAGAGGAGGAAAGGCUAAACGGCCGCCGUCGUCCCAAGCUACCAAGAGCGAAGACGCUGAUGCCGGCAGCGGCGGCGAAGAAGAGGAGGCCGUGAUGACGCCAGCCUACAAGAGGAGGGGGCGGCCGCAGAAGCACUACCACAAGGCUGAUGACACCGACGGGGAGGAGGAGGAGGACGACGCUGCUGCCAAGGCCGAGCCCAUGCUGGAGGACGCGAAACAACCGGUCGUGCCGGUGGUCAUGGCCUCGCCGGAGAACGACGGAGGAGGGAAGAAGAGGAGACGGCGGCGGCAGCCGAAGCGCGGCUACGACUCGUCCGCGGCCGAGGAGAAGGACGAGGCGGCCGUCAAGCGGAGCGGCGGAUUCCGGCAUCAUGGGAGCCGCCGGAAGAGCACCCCGCGGCGAGCUGCCGAGGCAGGAGUGGAGUGCAAGUGAGGUCGCGCAUGUGACUAUGCCAGUCACGGCGGAUUGCGUUUUCGAUUUCUUUUUCAUUUUUUUCUCCUGCUUCCUGCUGCAUUGAUCGAUCAAGCUUCCAGGAGCAUGAGCAUGCUGUACUAUGAAUUUGUGCGAAUGGUAAGCUGCUGAUUUGGCAUCAGCGUUCCGGUCACUCUGCUUCCUUACUGUUGAGGACUCUGCUUCGACCUUUGGCUAUGCCACUUCGUCGACCCGUUUUGUGUAUAUAACCCCCGACUAUCUACAGUGUACUA